UUUGAAGUUUGACUGCAGUUGAAUGAAUGAAAUCACUUUAGUUCGCGACGAAUAGAAUAUGGCGGUGCUAGGCAGGAUGUGCAAAAGCUUUUAAUUUUUCUGAUUCUACAGAAUGCGAUACUUUUUGGCUUUAUAGCGAUUAACUUACACUAAAGAUAGUAUUGCAUAUAAUCUGUAUUGUGAGUUACCUAACUUGAGCUUUUAGUUAAUUAUCUAGACCAAGUUGCAAUGAAAAUUAUUACUUCAUUGGUGGUAUAAAAAUAAUUGUGAUAAAUAUAGCACAUAAUUUCAGCUUGUUAUGUUUGACAUGGCUACGCUCAUCCAAGAGAAUGGUAUAAAAGAGCUAAGCAAAGCAACACACAGUGUUGUAGUUAACCAUGGCAUGGCAACACACGCUGUCGCCAGUCAUAUGGUGCCAGACCAUGAAUACUGCGAAGCGGGCAAGCCAGAACAACCUGUGCCACAAUGCAUCACAACAGAUGAAGCGAUGGCCCAACAGGAUCCAAAAGAAGAAGAUGAGGAAGAAACACCCGAAAUAGACAUAAUGAUAAACAAUGUUGUGUGCAGUUUUAGUGUUAAGUGCCACCUGAACUUGAGACAGAUCGCAUUAAAUGGUGUAAAUGUUGAGUUCCGACGCGAAAACGGGAUGGUUACGAUGAAGCUUCGACGUCCGUACACUACUGCGUCGAUCUGGUCGUCGGGGCGCAUCACGUGCACGGGCGCCACCAGCGAGGACCAGGCCAAGAUCGCUGCGCGCCGGUACGCGCGCGCCCUACAGAAGCUAGGAUUCCAAGUGCGCUUCCGCAACUUCCGUGUAGUCAACGUUCUGGGGACCUGUCGAAUGCCUUUCGGUAUUCGAAUUAUAGCAUUUUCCAAAAAAUAUAAAGAAGCAGACUAUGAGCCCGAACUUCACCCAGGCGUCACAUAUAAACUGUACAACCCUAAAGCCACACUAAAGAUAUUCUCAACGGGCGGUGUCACAAUCACAGCUCGAAGCGUGAGCGACGUGCAGUCGGCUGUCGAGCGCAUCUUCCCCCUGGUGUACGAGUUCCGCAAGCCGCGUACGGCGGCUGACGAGGAGUUGCUGCGGCAGAGGCGCGCGGCGCGGCGAGGCGCGGCGCCGCAGCCCGCGCCCGCCGCCGCGCCCGCGCCCGGCCCCGCGCCGCCGCCGCACGACCCCCUGCGCCUCGUCACGGUGUCCGACGACGACAAGGACGCGUGGGAGUGACGCGCCCGCUGUGAAGCGACGGACUUCGUUUGGCAUAUAAAGCAUAAGCAAUAACUAUCGGUUGUUAGUGCAAUCGCGUGUGAAUUGUCGGCGAGCUCUUUUCGGUUCAUGCCAAAGAUAUUUAUUAGGAGGUGCUUCGCGCUUGUCGAGGGACGCCGCCGCGGCCGCGUCUCGCACGCCGCCGCGGACGCGCCUCGUUCGUGAUUCUCUGUGAGGGAUGAUUCACUCUGUUCUGCCGGUCGCGGUCACUUCUCGGUCCCGUGUCAUUUUCUCGCUAUUAUUCUCGCUUCGAUCUCGAUCCAGUGAUUUAUUGAUUUAUAUAUUGACGUAGUGAAUAAUGCUUGACGAACGCCGCUGCGCGCCGGUUCGAUUUUGAAUCAUAAGUCAUAUCUGGACUAAAGCUGAAGCGAUACCUUUUGUGUCAAUUAUUGUUUCUAUUUAAGAAUACUCGGGCCGAGACUACCGGAUACAGAUCGCGGUCGCCAUAAAACCUGAAUCUACCUCGAGUAUGUGUAGGUACGGUUGAGUCAUUAAAUUCGUUUGAUUCGAAACCAAAUUGUCAUAAUAUUAAAAUAAAA